UAGUAGCCCAUCUAGCUCAGUUGGUAGAGCGCAAGGCUCUUAACCUUGUGGUCAUGGGUUCGAGCCCAACGGUGGGCGCUUUUUCUAUUUUCGUGGGGUUCGAAAUCCCAAGGUUGGCAAAUUUUUUAUUUUAUAUUCUAAUAAUUGUACGUUUUUAUAAGCUAGGCAAAAUAGCAUAGUAGCCCGUCAUAAAACCCACUAUUCUUAUUCAUCGUCCGGCCCCGAUACUUCAGUUAUUUAUUUGGUUCGUUCUGUUUGAAUUCCGUUUAACAAAACGAAAAAAGGCAGCGACUGCAGCUGAACGAAUCAAAGCACCUUUGACUAUUACAAAACAGAACUAAAUAAAUAUACGUUUUCAAUUCUGAAUGAUAACAAACAUUCUUUCAUUCCUUUUGUAAUUUCUCUCCCAUCCAAACAAAAGCAAAGACGAGGAAAUGCCGAUAUCCGUGCUGUUGAGUGAACGAAAAUAUUCAUUCCUUUGCCUUGCAUCAGUCCUCCUCAUCUCCUUUGCAUUCCUCCUUUUAACCUACACCUCUUGCCCUUUCUUUUUCGCUUUCUCUCUCCCCUCCGACAUCCACGUUUCCGUAUCUUCACCUCCCCCUCCUUCACGAUCCUCAUCCCUUCAAUUCCCGACGGAACCGGAGCUCGAAACCCAGCCAGCUGACCACCUCGACUUAAACGUCAGUUUGAAUAUAAGGUGGAGAGCCUGUAGAUUAGGAUCCGUGACGGUGGAUUAUAUUCCCUGUUUGGAUAAUUCCAAAGCGAUUAAGCAAUUGAAAUCCAAGAAACACUUGGAACACAGGGAAAGGCAUUGUCCGAAGCCGCCUCCAAGGUGUUUGGUGCCUUUGCCUAAAGGUUAUAAGGUUCCAGUUCAAUGGCCUCAGAGCAGGGACAUGAUUUGGUAUAGCAACGUUCCUCAUCCUAAGCUUGUAGAAUACAAGAAAGAACAGAAUUGGGUGCGUAAAUCCGAUGAUUAUUUUGUUUUCCCUGGAGGUGGUACUCAAUUUAAGAAUGGGGUUACUGCCUAUAUUGAUUUCAUUACAGAGACAGUACCGGCCAUUAAAUGGGGAGAGCACAUUAGGGUUGUUUUAGAUGUUGGGUGUGGCGUUGCUAGCUUUGGUGGUUAUUUGCUGGACAGAGAUGUGGUUACCAUGUCAUUUGCCCCCAAGGAUGAACAUGAAGCUCAGAUACAGUUUGCUUUAGAGAGGGGAAUUCCAGCUACACUUUCUGUCAUCGGUUCAAAAAAGUUGACAUUUCCAGACGAUGCAUAUGACUUGAUACAUUGUGCACGAUGCAGAGUUCAUUGGGAAGAGGAUGGUGGGAAACCAUUAUUGGAGCUGAACAGGAUUCUGAGGCCUGGGGGAUUCUUUGUAUGGUCUGCUACACCAGUUUAUCGAAACGAUGAGAGAGAUCGUUAUGUUUGGAAGUCUAUGGUGGCUUUGACACAAUCAAUCUGCUGGAAGGUUGUGGCUAAACGUGACAAUUUUGAUUCAACUGAAAUUGGGCUUGUAAUAUAUCAAAAGCCUUCCUCAUAUUCCUGUUAUGCACACGACAGAACAAAACGUCCACCAUUAUGUGAUCAGAAAACUAAGAAGGAAGUCUCAUGGUACAAGCCUCUUAGGCAUUGUACUUCCAGACUUCCAGUUGAUAGCAACGGUAAUUUGCUUGGCUGGCCCUCACCAUGGCCCCACAGGCUUAGGAAUAAGCCUCAAAGCCUUCCAGCUGAAGCAGAUGCCGAAGCUAUAUUCAAUGAGGACACCAAACAUUGGGCUGCACUUGUAUCUGAUGUCUAUUUUGAUGCUCUAGCUAUAAACUGGGCUAGUUUAAGAAAUGUGAUGGAUAUGAAUGCUGGUUAUGGAGGGUUUGCGGCGGCACUUAAUGAGCUUCCUCUCUGGGUGAUGAAUGUUGUACCAAUUGAUGCACAAGAUACCUUGUCCAUUAUUUUCGAAAGGGGCUUGAUCGGAAUCUAUCAUGACUGGUGCGAGUCAUUGAGUACGUACCCUCGAACAUAUGAUCUGCUGCAUUCCAGUUUUCUCUUCAAAAACCGUCAAGAGAGAUGUAACAUUAUAGAUGUAGCUGUGGAAAUGGAUCGCAUACUGAGACCUGGUGGAUAUCUGUUACUUCAAGACACCAUGGAAACCAUUCAGAAGCUGAAUCCAGUACUGCGAUCACUACAGUGGUCGACACGCCUUUAUGAAGGCCAAUUUCUUGUUGGGAAGAAGGGGUUUUGGCGUCCCAAAUACUAAAUGCAAGGUACACGGACCAAGGUACUUCAACUCCCACUUUAUUCUUCGAUUUGCAAGGAAGAAGGAUUAGACUUUUGACAUUUACCUCUCAUUUUUUUUUCUAAUAUUUGGUGUAAAUCGUAUAGAAAAGGUCAUCCAAUAGAGGGAUUUGGACAUUUUGUUCUAUAUCUUUGAAGGAAUAAAAAAAUAUCUACAUAUUAUUAUUA